CCGGGCCCUAUUCACCGGCGCACGUUCAACUUCCGUCCAGCUCAUUCCAUCUGCAUCAUCAAAGUUGACAGCGAAAACAUACAAAGUUUCUGAAGUUCACGGUGUCGGACAAAACCGACAGUGGACCCCGCCGAUUUUCGACCUCCGUCGACAUGAUUUCACUGACAAUAAUCGCUCGUGUGGCGGACGGACUGCCGCUCGCUGCGUCCAUACAGGAGGACGAGCAGUCAGGAAGAGAUCUCCAGCAGUACCAGAGCCAAGCCAAGCAGCUGUGCCGUAAACUGAACGCUCAGAGUCCAGACCGCUGCACCCUGGAGGCUGGAGACAUGAACUUUCAUUAUUUCAUAGCACAGGGUGUGUGCUACCUGGCCCUCUGCGAGGCCUCAUUUCCCAGAAAGAUGGCGUUUUCAUACCUUGAAGACCUCCACAGUGAAUUCUAUGACCAAUAUGGAAGAAGAGUGCCCACAGUGACGAGGCCAUACUCUUUCAUCGAGUUUGACACAUACAUCCAGAAAGCAAAGAAGACGUACAUCGACAGCAGAGCCAGGAGGAACUUGGGCAGUAUCAACACAGAGCUGCAGGAUGUCCAGAGAAUCAUGGUGGCAAAUAUUGAGGAGGUUCUACAAAGAGGAGAAGCUCUUUCUGCUCUAGACACAAAAGCCAGCAAUCUGUCCAGCAUGUCGAAGAAGUACCGCAGCGAUGCAAAAUAUCUCAACACGCGCUCCACGUAUGCCAAGGUGGCAGCUGUGGCAGUGUUCUUCAUCACGCUCAUCGUCUAUGCGCGCUUCUGGUGGCUCUGACAGAUUCAAUGAGGGAGAAGCUGUUGCAUUUCUGUUAGAUACCAGGGUGCCUUAAAUGGCUCAAUACAGUCUUAUCUAUUAGAUGGAGACAGAAAUGCUUUAUCUUUUGAGAGGACCGAUGUAUGCGAUAUAAACUGAGCCAGAGUCAGCGAUGGGACUUCUCUACAAAAAAACAAAUGCUUCAUGGUGAGUUCAUGUACCUGUGUUACUGGAAUAUUAAGAGCGGGGUGUUGAUACAUUAACAGUUACACACUGGUGUAAGGGUUUUGUCCAGCGUUUCAACAUUAUGGCGAGACACAUUUUGUAAAAAGUCUAAACUGUGAUAAAAGAAUGUUUAUUGUUCACAAAGUUUACAUUGUAACAAAGUCUUAUUGAAACAAAUAAAUAUUUAUCAAAUUGUUA